AAAUCUGAAAAUCCAGUUGUAGAGAAUGUCGAAAUCAUAGCGAUCAUAGCUGUGUUUUACUGGGCUCCCUUUGUUACUGUGUAAAGGUCAGCUUCGUUGUUUUUCACAACAUAUAGGUGACUGAAUGUUGUGAUUGUAGUAGUUAGUUGUAGUAGCUUCUUUCCAUUCAAAAUCUUGGAUAUACAAACUGUUUGAUUGUUAGUUUAUUGUCAACGAUAAAUAAGUGGUCAUCUUCCAUCGAAGAACGAUUAGAAUUAAGUUUAGGCCAUGGACGGCCCUUAUAGAAAGACCGACGAAGAUCUAUCAGCGAUCGAAAAUGGAGGUCUAGGUCCCCCACCAGCUUACGACAGCCUUUCUAAUGGCGGGGUGGACAAUCUUGGAGUACGCUUCGCUCCAAGUGAUGCCAUUCAACAACCUGAAACUAAAACUGCAGAGCCUGUUGAAGACGAUGAUCCGAAAAAAAAGAAAAAGGAGGAGAAAGAAAAGCCUCCAAUGGCCCCAUUCUCAAAACUUUUCCAAUUUUCUGACUCUAAAGACAAGAUUCUGAUCUUCCUUGGCAUUGUAGGAGCCAUUCUUCAUGGUGCUGCUACACCAGUUCAGUUUAUUAUUUUUGGAAGACUUAUUGACAGCAUGCUUGAUUUUGAAAAGCUUCUAUCUACUUCAGGAAAACUAGAGAGCAUGAUGACAGACUUAGCAUUGUAUUAUGUAUAUCUGGCCAUUGGUACUCUGAUCGUUUCGUACCUUCAGAUGGGUAUGUUUUCAUGGUCAGCUGCAAGACAAACAAAGAAAAUGCGUGUAGCAUUUUUCCAAGCUGUGAUGCGUCAGGAUAUCGGAUGGUUUGACACGUAUGAAGCUGGAGAGUUGAAUAACCGGUUGACAGAUGAUAUCAAUAAAGUGGCUGAAGGGCUUGGAGGCAAAGUUGGGAUUGCUAUCCAGUUUGUCACAACCUUCUUUGCUGGUUUUGGCAUUGGCUUUGGGUUUAGUUGGAAACUAACUUUGGUUAUCUUGUCGCUAGUCCCUUUGCAGAUCAUUGCAGGGGGAAUUAUUGCAAAGGUGAUAACAGUUUUCACAACAAAAGAGCUUGAUGCCUAUGCUAAGGCAGGUGCAAUCGCUGAAGAAGUUUUAUCUUCAAUCAAAACAGUAGCAGCCUUCGGAGGGGAAAACAAAGAAAGCGAGAGGUAUUCGGGUAAUCUCCAUGAAGCUCAAGCAUAUGGUAUAAAGAAAGGGCUAACUAUGGGACUUGGCUUUGGAUUUUUUCAGCUCAUCAUGUUUGGCAGUUAUGCCUUGGCAUUUUGGUAUGGCUCUACACUAGUUUUGGACAAUGACCUAACUGGAGGCAAUCUUCUUUUGGUGUUUUUCUCUGUCUUAGUGGGUGCUACCCAACUCGGUCAGGCAGGGCCAAAUGUUGAAGCAAUAUCAACAGCUAGAGGAGCAGCUUAUGAAUUAUUCAAAAUUAUAGAUCGUGAACCACCAAUUGAUGUCAGCUCAGUAGAAGGAGAUAAACCAACUGAUGUUUCUGGUAACAUUGAAUUCAAGGAUGUUCACUUUAGCUAUCCAUCAAGAGAUGAUGUUAAGGUUCUGAAUGGUCUCAACCUUGAAAUCAGUGCUGGACAGACUGUUGCUCUUGUUGGUGAAAGUGGAUGUGGUAAAAGUACUACUAUCAAACUCAUUCAGAGGUUCUACGAUCCUCAGAGUGGAGAGGUUUCAAUAGACAACAGAAAUGUCAAUUCAUGGAAUGUUAGCUGGUUGAGACGAUUUAUUGGUGUUGUCAGCCAAGAGCCAGUCUUGUUUGCUACUACAAUUGCUGAAAACAUUCGUUAUGGACAAGAUGGGAUCAGCCAGGAAGACAUUGAAAAAGCUACCAAAAUGUCUAACGCUCAUGACUUURUCCAGAAGCUUCCUAAUGGUUACGAAACACUUGUUGGAGAGCGAGGUGCUCAACUCAGUGGUGGCCAAAAGCAACGUAUUGCAAUUGCACGUGCUCUGGUGCGCAAUCCUAAAAUACUUUUGCUGGACGAAGCAACAUCUGCAUUGGAUACUGAGAGUGAAUCUUUAGUCCAGGCAGCGCUAGAGAGGGCCAGUGAAGGUCGCACUACUAUCAUCAUUGCGCAUCGUUUGUCGACUGUCAAAAAUGCAGAUAUGAUUGCUGCCUUUGAAGAUGGUGUUAUAGCAGAACUGGGCUCUCACAGUGAACUCAUAGCUCAUGAUGGGGUCUACAAGCAGCUUGUCAUGUUACAGACAUUUGAAAGUGAGGAGGAUCAAGGAACAGGCAAUAAAGCUAAUGUUGACCUAUCAGAUGUACAUGCAAAAGAGUCUAAUGGUUCUGUUGCCUUUGCACGAAGUGUAUCAGUUUUGUCUAGUGGAAGUGAAGGUGAAAAUGAGGCUAUCAAAAGGAAACUUUCAAUACGUGCUUCACAACGAAAACAUUCUGUCAAAAAAAGGGACAGCCAGAUUGAUAAAAAGAGUAAAGACAAAGUUGUUGAAGAAAAAGUCCAACCUGCUCCAAUAUUACGUAUCAUGAAACUUAACAAUCCAGAGUGGCCAUUUAUGGUUGUGGGUACCAUUGCAGCCAUGGGAAAUGGAGUGUUUCCUCUUGUGUUUGCAUUGAUUCUUGGUGAAAUGCUCAAUGUCUUCACAAAGGUGAAUAAUCCAGAUGAAUUUAAGAAAGAGUCUGUCUUCUGGUCACUGAUGUUCCUUGCAUUUGGAGGGUUUUCCUUCUUCACUCAACUUUUGCAGAACUAUAUGUUUGCUAUAUCUGGAGAAACGCUGACUACGAGACUAAGGCAGAGUUCAUUCAAGUGUCUCCUCAAACAGGAAAUGGCAUUUUUUGAUGAUCCUCUUCACAGUACGGGAGCUCUAACUACAGCACUGGCAACCCAUGCAUCUGAUGUCAAAGGGGCUACUGGAGCAAGACUUGGUACCAUUGCCAUGACAAUUACUACCGUUAUAGGGUCGCUCGUCUACUCGUUCGUUAACGGAUGGAAGCUGACUUUUGUGGUUGUUGCUUUUGUCCCGUUUAUUGUAAUAGCUGGCAUUUUGCAAAUAAAGACAUUUGCUGGUGACAACAAAGAAAACUCGGAUGUAAUGGAAGCUGGGCAGGUUGCUGUGGAAGCUUUUGAUAACAUCAGAACAAUAGCAACACUUGGACGAGAGGAAACAUUCUGCCAGAAAUUUAUUUCUAAGCUCCAACUGCCAUACAGGAAAGCUGUGCGCUCUGCUCAUGUCAAUGGUAUCUGUUAUGGAUUCAUGGAAGCCAUCAUGUUCUGCUGUAAUGCUGCAUCAUUUCGGUUUGGUGCUUAUUUGAUGGUUCAAAGAGAAAUGAAUAUCAUGGAAGUAAUGAAGGUUGUGAUGUGUAUUGUCAUCGCUGGUAUGAUGUUUGGUCAUAUUACGGGAUUCUCGCCUGACUAUGUCAAAGCCAAAAUAGCUGCAGCAAGAAUCUUUAAGCUGUUUGAUCGCGUUUCCCUUAUCGACAGCUCUUCCACUGAUGGAACUAAACCAGGCGUCGUUCAAGGCACUGUCCAGCUACGUAAUGUGCGAUUUCGUUAUCCUUCUCGACAAGAUGUGAAAGUUCUUCGUGGUGUGAACCUGUCAAUCAAAACUGGACAGACACUCGCCUUGGUGGGGUCUAGUGGGUGUGGUAAAAGUACUAUAGUWUCUCUGUUAGAGAGAUUCUACGAUGCUGAGUCCGGUGAGGUGGCUUUAGACGGCAACGAUGUCAAAAAUCUCAACAUCCAAUGGCUUCGUUCUAAAUUGAGUAUUGUUUCACAAGAGCCAGUCUUGUUUGGUUUCAGCAUAGCAGAGAAUAUAGCUUAUGGUGAUAAUAGUCGACAAGUYAGUAAGGAUGAAAUAGAAGCUGCUGCCAAAUCAGCCAACAUCCACAGUUUUAUCAACUCUCUGCCCAAAGGAUACGAAACUUUGGUAGGAGACAAAGGCACCUUGAUAUCUGGUGGUCAAAAACAACGAAUCGCUAUCGCCAGAGCUCUCAUUAGAAACCCUCAGAUUCUGCUUCUUGACGAGGCGACGUCAGCUCUUGACACGGAAAGCGAAAGGGUUGUACAAGAAGCUCUCGACGCAGCUAGGAGAGGUCGAACAGUCAUCAUGAUUGCACACAGAUUAUCGACUGUCAAAAAUGCAGAUAUGAUAGCUGUCAUUCAUCAUGGACAAGUUGUGGAACAAGGGACACACCAGGAACUCCUUGGUAUGAAUGGUUACUAUGCUGGUCUUGUUUCUGCACAAAUGAUUAACGAAGAAAACUAAAUAUUUACACUUAUCAGUAUAAAUAAGGUCGUUUUCCUAGAAAUUGUUCGUUUGUCAAUCAGUCAAAUUGAUAAGGUCGGUUUUUGCUCGAGCAAUCACAAGCUCCAAGAUUUAUGCGGUAGAUUAUCAUAAUGAAGGAUAUCUGGAACUAAAAAUAUAGAGAUUCACGCAGAAAUGUCGCUAAGCACUACUUUUUAGAUGAAAGCAGAGCAAGAUUUGAAUCCAUGAGACGUUUCUAAGAAUAUUUUGAACUGUAGAUUGGUUGUAUAUACUAGUAUGUUAUUAAUGUAUUUUUUGGUAAAGAAUAUUAUUAAGCAAUAUCAUUGUUCGUGACUUAUUAUGCUGGACAUAACAACUCUUUUAUAACCUACUGGGGAUGAGUUUAGCAUAUGCACACUUCUAUUACUUAGAAGAACUCCAUUUUUAGACAAAUAGAGUGGGAUUUUAAAGAGUGGUUUUCUUAAACCGUGAAACAAAGUGAAAUAGUGUGAUACACCGAAAAAGACAAGGAAAAAAGGUCAAAAUAAAGAGUAGAGAGUGAAGUCAGAAACCCCGUGAAAUAGAUACUGCACUAGUACAUCUUAGUACACUCUAAUUGCAUUUUCUCUUUGUGUCUACUUGACUAUCACACCUUAAGAGUCAGAUUUUGUUUCACGGGUUUAAUCAAUAAAUCCGUGAAACAAAAUAUGACUAAAGCGCACUAAGAUGUAUUAGUGUUCACCGUGGAAUAUGAUUCAGCCUAUUACACUAUUUUGUAGAUAUUUUGAUUGUAUUUUUGGCGCAUCAUCACUUUAUAAGACUCAGCUUCAUGCGAAAAUCACCGACUACUAAUAGUCAUAGCAGGUGAUAAACUCAAGAUUUUACAGUAUUAAAAUUCAGAAAUAGAUACCUACAAGGAUAUGAUGUAGAAUAUCUUAAUCCAGUCAGAUUGCGGCUGAGCAAAACCAUUGUGAAGCACCAUGUAUUUAAUUUUUUUGUACAUUCAAAACUAUUUAACAGCAAAUACAUUUUAGUUGUUAUAAGUAUUGCAAUAGUGUCUUUUUAUAAACUUGUAAAAUAGAAUGAGUUUACAUUUAACCCGUGAAACAAGAUAAUACUGACUAGACUAGUCGAUUCGUUUCCUAAUGCGUGAACCUGAUUAUUACACUGAUGCUCUUGUUUCAUGGGUUUAUGAAAAGCUACCAGCUCUAAAACUAUAGCUUAAAAUAGCUAAUCGAGUUCAUUUUAACUUCCAAAAAUGUUGUGUUCGAUACGUAUAGAGUAUACCGAGUAUAUAUUUCUUAUAUUAUAUAUCAUUAAAAUUAAAAGAAAUACUACAUA